CUCUGUUCCGCCAUCGUGAAUUUCUACUUUGUCACUCCUUGCCAGACCGGGGGGAGGGAGAAAGAAAAGUAGUUCUAGUAGAGGGAGACAAAACCAAAGCAGCAAUUAUUUUAUAGUUUGUCUCGUGACAGUGAAGUUUGAUUAAUAAGUUUUCACUUUCAAAAGAAUUUCUAUAACCUGCCUUUUUAUACAUAAACCAGACAUGCGAGCGCUUUUUCUGCUUCUAUUAUGUUACAUGAUAAAAAGCUACGAUUUGGUUGUGGCAACUUGUGAACUUAAGGCCAUCAAUAAACCGAAAAAAGUCCAGAUUGGUAAAAAUACUUCUUUUCAACUAUCAAUAUCAAAUCUAAGAACACAGAAAUCUAAGGAAGUAUCAAUUACAACUGCAACUGAAAAGCGGAACAUUGCCUCGACUACAAAUAAUGUGACCUUAUCAAUCAAUCAAAGCACUGCGGUCGUGGUUAUCCAUGGAAAGCAUGCAGGGGAGACGUACGUUACCUUUAAUACGAACUCGUCUGUUUAUAUCAGCAAUCUUCAUAGAUUCAAAGUUAAAGUAAACGUUGUACAUUGCAAAUGUCUUGUGAUUGUGAACAUUGUUAUUGGAUGGAUUUAUUUCGUGGCUUGGUCAAUCUCAUUUUAUCCACAGGUUUAUAUCAAUUGGUCAAGAAAAAGUGUAAUUGGCCUCAACUUCGAUUUUGUCUGCUACAAUCUCCUUGGCUUCUUUGCAUAUGGUGUAUUCAACAUUGGAAUGUUCUGGAUUCCUAAAAUUAAAUCUGAAUAUCACUCCGAUCAUCCAAACGAUGAUGAGGAUCCCGUUGAGGCGAACGACGUAUUUUUCAGCAUUCAUGCUCUACUUUUGACGAUUAUCACGGCAAUACAAAUUCUUAUUUAUGAGCGAGGACAACAAGUGGUCUCGAAGCUCUGCAAGAUAUUGGUCUCUGUUUCUGUUUUGUCGAUGUUCAUUACCCUAUUAUUAACGAUAUUUACGGAUGAACUUAAUUGGCUUGAUUAUCUUUAUUGUUUCUCCUACGUCAAAAUUGCCAUGACUUUGAUCAAAUACGUGCCCCAGGCGUACAUGAAUUUUAGAAGAAAAAGUACGGUUGGUUGGAGCAUCGGCAAUGUAUUGCUUGACUUUACCGGAGGAUCUUUUAGUAUUCUACAAAUGAUUAUUUUGUCAUAUAACAAUAAUGCCUGGGUGGCAAUAUUCGGAGACCUGACAAAGUUUUCUCUGGGUUUAAUAUCAGUACUCUUUGAUAUUUUGUUUAUGGUACAGCAUUAUAUAUUGUAUCCUCAACGAAAGCAAUUGGGCUACGAGCGUAUUCAAGAUGAAGCUAAUCAUCACUCUGGACGAACUGCUGCGCCAACAUAGAAGAUUUUUGUACCGAACGUUAGCAUGAUUAACGAUAUUUGAAUUAUACAGAACAUAGUUUAUGUACGGUGUAGUCUGUGUUGCUAUCCCAAGAUUCCUCAUUUCUCAUCUUCGUUGCUUUAUUAGCUCACAGAUCCCGUAGAUGAGCGAAUUGGACACUUAUGUGAACAAAUUUAUAGUUAAAAUUUAAUACAAUGAUUUACAAUAGAUUGAUUUCAAAUUGCAUGGAGUUACAGUUGAGUCUUUAUUGAUCUAUUAUGAUGUAGCUCAACGCAGAGACGUGCUAAGGAAUUAAAAUGGAUGAUAUUUAUGAUACGAAAUUUACAUACAUGGUCUUAGUUCUGAAAGUGAAAAAUGUCAAAGUUUACAACACAACUUUGUUUUGCGUUACCUUGGAAAGAUAUAGUAAUUAUGCUCAUAUGAAAGUAUACAACAUUAUGCUUUAGAGUUCUUCAAAAAUAAAAUAUUUCAAAGGUUUGUGUGA